ACGGAUCAGUUAAGUCGUAACGACUGGCCGAAUAAGGUCGAUCGUCGUUGUCUCACCCGUUGCGUUUUGGUGUGUACGAUCGUGCCGAGACAGACAAAUAGAGACCCAUAAAAUGUGGUAUGGGUCAUAGUUAGUGGUGGUUUUUAGCUGGAAUAUUUGUUAUUGAAAUUACUUAAUAGCGAAAAGUGACUCAUCAAAACACGCCUAAUAAUGAACGACGAUAGCGUAACUUCUGCGGCUGCGCUGAACGAGUCGCAACCUCGCGAUCGAGGUCUCUGGAGGGAUCUGGUAGCCUACUGGAUCCUAGGGCUGUGCAAUAAUUAUGGAUACGUUGUCAUGCUAACAGCCGCGCACGAUAUUUUGAAAGAUUUGGACGGAAGUGAUCACGGGAAGUCACUCGACGAACACAGCGCGUUUAAUUCCACUCUCAGAGCAACUGGAGACUUUGUCUACGAUAAACGACCCUGCAAUAAGCUGUCGACAGGAGCGAUUCUCCUUGCGGACAUCCUUCCGGCGCUUUCGGUUAAGCUUAUCGCAUCAUUCCUACCAUUGUGGAAGCACGCACGAGUACUGCUAUGUGUAGCACUGGCUGGGGCUGGAUUCAUUCUGGUAGCCUUCGCCACCAAAGAUUGGAUGUUGUUCCUCGGGGUAAUUUGUACCUCGUUUUCAUCUGGCCUCGGUGAGGCCACGUUCCUAGCAUACGCCAGUUAUUUCAACAAAAAUGUCAUAUCCACCUGGUCAUCCGGUACCGGAGGUGCGGGAGUUAUCGGUGCGUUGUCUUACACCGGUCUCACCGCGUUUGGUCUAUCACCGAAAGCCACCAUGCUUGUGAUGUUAGUGGUUCCUUCGGUAGAGGCUGGCUCUUUUUGGUUGUUGUUGAGACAUAGAGACUCGAGCCAGAAUCAAUCACCUUUGAACGCUGAGAAAGAUGAUUCGCAAACAGAUUACAGCGCGCUGCCACCGGAGGAACGGCCACUCGAAACGUGGAGACAGAAGAUAUCCUUCAUUCCAUCCUUGUUUAUCUACAUGAUACCGUUGGUGUUAGUGUAUCUGUUCGAGUACUUCAUCAACCAAGGAUUGUUUGAGCUAGUUUACUUCCCGGCAAUAUCGCUUUCACAGUCGGAACAGUAUCGAUGGUACCAGGUACUGUACCAGAUAGGGGUUUUCAUCUCCCGAUCGUCUGUCAACAUUGUUCACUUCAAGCAUGUCUGGAUAAUGGCAGUGCUGCAGUUCGUGAACAUGGUCUACUUCACGUUCGAAGCCGUGUAUAUGUUCACCCCGUCCAUAUGGAUCAUCUUCGUGUUGAUUCUGUGGGAAGGACUGCUAGGGGGCGGUGGAUAUGUAAAUACGUUCUAUCGGAUGCAAAUAGAGAUCCCGGAGGCACGUCGGGAGUACGCCAUGAUGAUCACGUCUAUCUCGGACUCGGUCGGCAUAGCGCUGGCCGGCGUGGCGGCCAUUCCAUCGCACAAUGCGAUUUGUGAUUUACCGGUGCCGAAUCGGUUAAUGUGAAUUUGACAAGCUAGCCAAAGUUAUGUGUAAAUAUAUCUGUAGCGCUGCAUAGGGACUGUACUAGGAAACAAAUUUAUACUACGGAAUAUUACAUUUUA